AUGGCCAUGUCCCUCAAGAAGACGCCCCCGGGCAAGGCCGGCCCAGCUUCGCUGCCAUACGACGUCUUUCUUAACAUCAUCGACAUCCUCAUCACCGAAGCCCAAGUCUGCAAAAACGCCAUGAUGUGGCAGCUCUUCUACAACCACGACGCCGCGACCAGGCUCGUCGUCUGGGAAGGUCCAAAGUGCCCGGCGGCACCGGCGCAAGACCCGGUCCAGUGGUCGCGCCAUUUCAACACCCGACUCCCCGCGCAGAUCAACCGCAUGACGCGCUCCAUGGUCCAUCGCAAGUUCGUCCGCGUGCCGAGGACCUGUCACUUUGCCGACGACGGCACCAGCAAUGACGAACUCCCCCGCAUCGACGCCUGGGUCCGUCCCGAGCUGGACUACUUCAUCCCCUUCUUCUCCGACCACGACGAGUCCCGCUUCGAGGAGGAGCUGCACUUCAUCCAGGCCAUGUUGCUGCCCACUCCGCAGGCCGACGUCCUCACCCGCUCUAUCACGCAGAUCGUCACCCCGGGACGCUGCUUCUGGUGCGAGACCAAUGCGCCUGGCGUCGCCGCCCUCUCGACCCUACCGAACCUCAAGGAGGCCUAUAUGGACAUCGGCCGCUUCAACCCGCCCGAGAAGCUGCCCAAGUUCGACGGCCGUCUGGUCCGCAUCGACCCCAACAUCUUUCUCGACCUGAGGAUCUGGUCCAUUACCCACGGCGCUGCUUUCAGAAACCUCUACAAGCCCCUCCGGAAGAGAGGUAUUCGCCUCUACGGCUACGCCAACGACGUUUAUAACCCUGUGGUCGAGGUGGUGGGUACCAAGAGAGGAAUCCGUGUGAGAUACACGCAUAACCGGUCCGGCUGCAACUGCUGCUGCGACCCGAACAUGCCUCCUCACUAG